CAUGAAACUGGGAAUCGAUGCUAUCAUUAAGUUCAAUUAUAAAGAAUGGGUUGUACAGAUUUCAUAGUGAAAUAUGCGUUGUUUCUUGUGAAUUUUGUCAUCUUUUUUAUCGGCCUGACUUUAGUUUUAACAACAAUAGCUUCCAUUUUAUACACUAAAGCAUUGGCUGAGCUGGUUGAUAAUGUUGAUUAUUUUCCGGAGAGGGCAAUACUUUUUGGCACCGUGGGCACUAUUAUAUUUAUCGUCUCGUUUAUGGGAUGUUGCGGAGCCAUUGCGGAGAAACCAUAUCUACUUAAUAUGUAUGCCAUUGUGAUGUUAUUGUUAUCUGGCGUAAUGAUGUACAUUAUGAUAUUCUUUUAUGCAUUACUAAGAGAUCUUCAACAAAUCUUUGCAUCUAUGCAACGUGUUGAGGAACUUCCCCUGACUAGAACAGUUCUUCGCGUAAUUGAAGCCACGAUCCCAUGUUGUGGCAUCCUUGGGCCUGUUUCAUACGAAGUAUAUGGGCUCGAAUUACCAGCGACUUGUUGUCCGGGAUUAAUAUUUCCCCCGUUCAAAGACAUCUAUUCAAUUAUAGAAAUCAAUAAUAUUCUUUCCAGUUACAACAAAACUGAGUAUUACUGCGUUAAAGAAACAUCAUAUGACGGCUGCGCUUCAGUUAUCACUGAUUUAUUAAUGUCUUUAUAUAAUUUAGCCAACAACAUUACUAUAUUGGUGUUAGUAGUAGAGGUAAUUGCGGCUAUUUUUGCUUUCUAUCUUGCUCAGCAUAUUAGAAAUGAAAUUGAUGCGAAGAAUUCUUCCAAAUCGUAUACCUUACAAGCAAAAAGUUAACGAACAUCAACAUCAAAGUUGAUUCAUGGAUUGAGUGGGUUCAUGGGUCAUGAACAGCUUAAUCUACACACCGCAGCUCUUCAGAGUAUAAAAAACUGUCAACAUUUUCAUAUGAAAUUUUUACUAAAUAAAAAUCUGCAUGAUUUUAUAAUUUAUGAAAGUCUGGCGCAGUGGUUUCCGAGUAUUGUCGAUAUAAAAUACUGUGUUUGCUAAAUGUGAGUUUUGUCAAUUUAACAGAUUUUAUGUUAAAAUAAAGACACAUGCCUAAAAAACAUAUUAUUACAGAUUGAAAUUGGAUAAUGUGUGACAUUUGUUAAGCUAAAAUAAUAUAAUUUAUAGCUUAUUAAGAUACACACUAUUUUAGUAAGAGUGGCAAAAGUUUGUGAGUGUGUAUGUUUGUUACUUCAUUACGUCUAAACUGCUGGAGCGAUUUUGAUAAAAUUUGGUAUGGAGUUAGCUGACACUCUGAAUUAACACAUAGGCUACGUUUUACUGCGGGAAAAUAUCCCUAAUAAACUGCGGUCAACACCGCGGGACACAGCUAGCAAGCUAUAAAUGCACAACUUUAUUACAUUUAUAAAUAAAAAAGUGUUUUAAAA